CUGCGGCACAGGCCGGGCGGCACCAUGGCGGCGGCGGCGGCGGCGCCUGCUGCUGCGGCUUCUUCCGAUGCGGCGACUGCGACGGCAGAGCCGGAGGCCGGGGACGAGGACAGUCGCGACGUCCGAGUGCUGCAGAGCCUGCGGGGCAAGAUCUGUGAAGCGAAAAAUUUAUUGCCAUAUCUUGGACCCAACAAAAUGAGAGAUUGUUUCUGCACCAUAAAUUUGGACCAGGAAGAAGUUUAUCGUACCCAAGUUGUUGAAAAAUCUUUAAGCCCGUUUUUCAGUGAAGAAUUUUACUUUGAGAUUCCAAGAACUUUCCAGUAUUUGUCUUUCUAUGUUUAUGAUAAGAAUGUUUUACAAAGAGACCUUCGUAUAGGAAAAGUAGCCAUCAAAAAAGAAGACUUGUGUAACCACAGUGGCAGAGAAACUUGGUUUUCACUCCAGCCUAUUGAUUCCAAUUCAGAGGUUCAGGGUAAAGUUCACCUUGAAUUAAAAUUGAAUGAACUGAUAACAGAAAAUGGAACUGUGUGCCAGCAGCUUGUUGUACAAAUGAUGCAGGAGCUGUUACUGAGAGUCAGAAUAAAAGCUGCAGAACUUGUCAAGGCAUGCCAUGGGUUGCCUCUCAUAAAUGGACAAAGCUGUGACCCUUAUGCAACAGUUUCUCUUGUGGGCCCUUCUAGGAAUGACCAAAAGAAGACAAAAGUAAAGAAGAAAACAAGCAAUCCGCAGUUUAAUGAAAUCUUUUACUUUGAGGUAACCAGAUCCAGUAGUUACACCAGAAAGUCCCAGUUUCAAGUAGAAGAGGAGGACAUUGAAAAGCUGGAAAUUAGGAUCGACUUGUGGAACAAUGGAAACCUGGUCCAAGAUGUUUUCCUCGGUGAGAUUAAGGUUCCUGUGAACGUGUUAAGAAAUGAUGCUUCUCAUCAAGCCUGGUACUUGCUACAACCAAGAGACAACGGAAACAAGUCAUCUAAAACUGAUGACCUGGGAUCCCUUCGAUUAAAUAUAUGUUAUACAGAAGACUGUGUGCUUCCUUCAGAGUACUAUGGUCCUUUGAAAACCUUGCUGCUAAAAUCACCAGAUGUUCAGCCGAUAUCUGCCUCAGCUGCUUACAUUUUGGGUGAAAUAUGUCGAGAUAAAAAUGAUGCUGUUUUGCCCCUUGUACGACUGCUGCUCCACCAUGAUAAACUUGUUCCUUUUGCCACUGCAGUAGCUGAAUUAGACUUGAAGGAUACACAAGAUGCAAACACAAUUUUUAGAGGAAAUUCCUUGGCUACCCGAUGUCUGGAUGAGAUGAUGAAAAUAGUGGGAAGGCACUACCUGAAAGUAACAUUAAAACCUAUUCUAGAUGAGAUAUGUGAAUCCUCAAAAUCCUGUGAAAUUGAUCCUAUUAAAUUGAAAGAGGGAGAUAAUGUAGAAAAUAAUAAGGAGAAUCUGCGCUACUAUGUAGACAAGUUAUUCAGUACAAUUGUAAAGUCAAGUAUGAGUUGCCCCACUGUAAUGUGUGAUAUCUUUUAUUCUCUAAGGCAAAUGGCCACUCAAAGAUUUCCUAAUGACCCUCAUGUUCAGUAUUCUGCAGUGAGCAGCUUUGUGUUUCUUCGUUUCUUUGCUGUAGCGGUAGUAUCACCUCAUACUUUUCAUUUGCGACCUCAUCAUCCAGAUCCACAGACAAUUAGAACAUUAACUCUCAUCUCAAAAACCAUUCAAACUUUGGGAAGCUGGGGGAGUCUGUCCAAAAGCAAGUCAAGUUUCAAAGAAACAUUCAUGUGUGAAUUUUUCAAAAUGUUUCAAGAAGAAGGAUAUAUUAUGGCAGUUAAAAAGUUCUUGGAUGAAAUUUCAUCUACUGAAACUAAAGUGUCCAGUGGUACCAGUGAGCCUGUGCACCUGAAAGAAGGUGAGAUGUAUAAAAGAGCUCAGGGAAGAACUCGGAUUGGAAAAAAGAAUUUCAAGAAACGGUGGUUCUGCUUAACAAGCAGGGAGCUCACCUACCACAGGCAGCCAGGCAAAGAUGCAAUUUACACGAUUCCAGUGAAAAACAUUCUUGCUGUGGAAAAACUGGAAGAGAGCUCUUUCAACAAGAAAAAUAUGUUCCAAGUGAUACACACAGAGAAACCACUCUAUGUCCAGGCAAAUAAUUGUGUGGAAGCUAAUGAAUGGAUAGAUGUACUCUGCAGGGUGAGCCGAUGCAAUCAGAACAGGCUCAGUUCUUACCAUCCCUCUGCAUAUCUAAACGGAAACUGGCUCUGCUGUCUGGAGACCAGUGAAAACGCUCUCGGCUGCAGGCCAUGUACUGCAGGUGUCCCUGCAGACAUCCAAAUAGAUAUUGAUGAAGACAGAGAAACAGAAAGAAUUUAUUCCCUUUUUACCCUCAGUUUACUUAAGCUGCAGAAAAUGGAAGAGGCUUGUGGAACUAUAGCAGUCUAUCAAGGACCACAGAAAGAGCCUGAUGACUAUUCUAACUUUGUAAUCGAGGAUUCUGUAACAACCUUUAAGACAAUUCAACAAAUAAAAAGCGUCGUAGAGAAGCUAGAUGAACCUCAUGAAAAGUAUAGGAAGAAAAGAUCAAGUAGUGCAAAAUAUGGGAGCAAGGAAAAUCCAAUUAUUGGGAAAACAUUUUAAGAGUUUGACCAAUUGACUCAGAAGAACUGGAAAAUAUUAUUUUUGUUGGAGUUUUUCAAUUCAUCAUAUAUUUUGUUCAUAGUAUUUAAGAAUGAACAUUGGCUUCACUGUCAGUCACCUGCAUUCACCUUGUAUUUAAUAUUUAAUAAUUGAAAUUAACUGUUUGGGAAUCCUGGUAUUGAUGUGUUCCUAGAGAAUUUAAAACCCAAGAUUCCCUUCAUAUCUUACAUGUCGAAAGCCAUGUUUCUGCAACUUCUUUUUAAUAGAAAGAAUCUUCCUAAAGAAGCUUUGUAACAAAAGGAGAACUCCUCCAUAGCAAGAAACCAUUUCUUCUUGUAACACUCUGUGUUCUGUGGACUUUUCACUACCAUUAGUGCCUGCUCUAUACUGCCAACAUUGUGUUUUACUGGAAUAUUUCAAUCCAUGACUAUUCAGAGCUUUCCAUUUAGUUCAUCUAGACCCUCCCUCUUCAAAAAAAAAAAAAAAAACCUCCUUUGGUCCAUUGGUCAUUACAGAUUACAUUAGGAACAGCGACAGAAAUGUUAGAAACCUGC